AUGGAUGAGACUAUACAGCAGUAUGAUGAGCAACCCUUGGAUGCUGUCUUUGGUGAUAGAGUUCGUCGGUUCCAAGAGUUUUUGGACCGCGAUGAUGCCAACACUGGAGUCAACUACAGGUCCCAGAUUAAAGAUCUCAUCGUCAAGAGCAAGAACAGAUUAAAUGUCUCCGUUGAUCAAAUAAGAGAUUUCGAUCGGGAGUUUUGGCAUGGGUUGCUCAACCAGCCAGCAGAUUUUUUGCCUGCUUGUGAACGUGCAUUGAGAGACACGGUGUUGACCAUUUAUGACCCUACUGAUUCGGACUUUCCAGCGAAAUUUGACUCGACUCAGCAAUACUACUUGAGUUUCAAAGGCGCAUUUGGUAGCCAUUCGGUCACGCCAAGGUCAAUCGACUCAAACUACUUAUCCAAGAUGGUUUCCAUUGAAGGUAUAGUCACUCGAGCCUCCUUGGUGCGUCCAAAAGUUAUAAGAUCAGUGCAUUAUGCAGAUGCCACGGGGAGGUUUUAUGCGCGAGAAUACCGCGACCAGACCACGUCUUUUGACGCAAUUUCAACACCACCGAUUUAUCCAACGGAAGAUAUGGAAGGUAACAAAUUGACCACAGAGUAUGGGUAUUCGACAUAUAGAGACCACCAGAAAAUUUCCGUGCAGGAGAUGCCCGAGACAGCACCCGCUGGUCAAUUGCCACGGUCGGUGGAUGUUAUUCUAGAUGAUGAUUUGGUGGACUUGACCAAACCUGGAGAUCGUGUUCAGAUUGUUGGUGUUUAUCGAGCUCUAGGAGGCGGUGCCAACAACAACUCGUCGUUCAAGACUGUCAUCUUGGGUAAUUCCGUUUACCCAUUACACGCUAGAUCCACUGGUGUUGCUUCUCAAGAAAAGAUUACCGACCAGGACAUUAGAAACAUCAACAAACUCUCAAAGGAGAAGAAGAUUUUUGAAAUCUUGUCGCAGUCUUUGGCGCCAUCCAUCUAUGGGUUUGAAUAUAUCAAAAAGGCAGUUUUGUUGAUGAUGAUGGGUGGUGUCGAAAAGAACUUGGACAAUGGAAGUCAUUUGAGAGGAGAUAUCAACAUCUUGAUGGUGGGUGACCCUUCCACUGCCAAGUCGCAGAUUUUGAGGUUUGUCUUGAACACGGCGUCAUUGGCUAUUGCCACAACGGGUAGAGGCUCCUCGGGUGUCGGUUUGACAGCCGCGGUGGUCACCGAUAAGGAGACAGGAGAAAGAAGAUUGGAGGCCGGUGCGAUGGUUUUAGCUGACCGAGGCAUUGUUUGUAUCGAUGAGUUUGACAAAAUGUCCGAUACUGAUAGAGUUGCAAUCCACGAAGUGAUGGAACAACAAACGGUCACCAUUGCCAAGGCUGGUAUCCACACAUCAUUGAAUGCAAGAUGUUCAGUCAUUGCAGCCGCCAAUCCUGUCUUUGGCCAGUACGAUGUUCACAAAGACCCCCACAAGAACAUUGCGUUGCCCGAUUCCUUGUUGUCGCGUUUUGACUUGUUGUUUGUGGUGACAGACGAUGUUAAUCCUGCCAAGGAUCGAAUCAUCUCCGAGCACGUGUUGAGAAUGCACAGAUUCAUUGCACCUGGUAUGAUGGAGGGCGAGCCAGUUCGUGAAAAGUCGAGCGUAACCUUGGCUGUAGGUACCGACGAAAUCAACGAGAGGGAGUUGUUAGAGCAACCGAUUUUUGAAAAAUUCAACUCGUUGUUGCAUGCUGGUGUGUCAAGGGGCAAGAGUAAAAAGACGCCUAUGAUUUUGUCGAUUCCAUUCUUGAAAAAGUAUAUUCAGUAUGCUAAGCAAAGAAUCAAGCCCGUGUUGACCAAGAGCGCUUCCGACUACAUUGUUACCACGUACUCGUCAUUGAGAAACGAUUUGAUUGGCAACAACCAAAGAAACACAGCACCAAUCACUGCCAGAACGUUGGAAACUUUGAUCCGUCUUGCUUCAGCUCACGCUAAAGUUCGGUUGUCCAGAUCAGUGGAAGUGAAAGAUGCCAAAGUGGCUGAGGAAAUGUUGAGGUUUGCAUUGUUUAAGGAAAUCGCCAAAAAGCAGCAUAAGAAGAAAAAGAGGAAAACUGAGCAACAAAUUGUUGCAUCUGAGCUGGAAGAGUCAGAAGAGGAAGAGUCGGAAGAGGAGAUCUUGAGGCCGCGCGAAAGACGGACAAGAAUGAGGCAACAGCAGGAACAAAGAUCCUCGCCGCCAGCACCUGAGUCUGUACCAGCGCCUGCACCUACAAUAAAUGAUGACGCAGGCAAUGACGCAAGUGAUGACGAGCUUGAAGAUAGCGAGAUAGAGCUAAUGGUGCUGGGGCAAAUGCAAGAAAUGCACUUGUCUCAAAAUCAACAGCAACCUGAACCACAGAGCACACCCGCAAGGCAGUCGAAGCACAGAGCCCAGAAUUUGCAAACAGCAUCCGGAGCUCAACCACUAGCAGAUCGAACGCUGAAUGCGCAGGCAAAGUCGGGAAUUAGCUCGGAGAGGUACCAGUCGUUCUACAAGAUUAUGGCACAAGUUGCUAGGUCUGGACUCUUUGACAAUGAGAGUCAGUGUGCUACCUACGAGUCUGUUCUUGAAGCAAUUAAUUAUGAAAUAGAUCAAGAAGAAAAGUUUAGUGAUGAAGAAUUGCUUGCUGCUAUGAAUAUGAUGCUGGAUGACGGCAAGAUUUUCCUUGAAGGCGGGAAAGUUUGGAAGAUUUAA